CACUCAAUUUUCAGACGCCAAACGGAGAGCUUCUGAGAUAACCUCCUCUCUCUCCCGAACCACAAUUCCUCCUCCUCCUCCUCCAUGACACGCUCCCUUUCCCUCCACGCUUCCCUGUCGACUCCAUAUCUCUUCCUCGCCCCUUCUGUUACUCUUCAACCUCCACCGUCUUUCAUUCGCUUCAAAUCUACGCCUCAUCGCACACAUUGCCCCAUUAAAUCUCUCCCAAACAGCUCCAAUCAAGACUUUCCGAGCCCUUUGUCUCAUAGAACUCUCUUCCCCGGCGGUUACAAGCGGCCGGAGAUCAAGGUCCCCAGUCUCGUUCUCCAGUUGAACCCUGAUGAGGUGCUGAAAGGCGAGUUUGGUGACGAGGAGGUUUUAGGUCUAGUUGAUGCUGCCGUUUCACAGCGUGUUGGAAUUGUGAUCCUCAAUGGCGGCCAAGGCGGUGGUGGUCGGAGUCUCUACCAAGCUGCUUGUUUGUUAAAGUCUGUAGUUCGUGACCGUGCGUAUUUGUUAAUAUCGGAGCGCGUUGAUAUUGCCGCCGCCGUUAAUGCGAGCGGGGUUGUGCUUUCAGAUCAAGGUCUUCCCGCUAUUGUAGCAAGGAACAUGAUGAUGGAUUCAAAAUCCGACUCAGUUGUUCUUCCUUUGGUUGGAAGGAAGGUGCAGACUGCGAAUGCUGCCUUAAACGCUUCUAAUUCUGAGGGUGCUGAUUUUCUCCUGUACAGUUUUGGUGAAGAGCAAGGUGUUCUGUUUGAUAAUGUGAAGAUUCCAAUCUUUAUUGGUUGCGAUGCUCCGGGAGGAGACGCCACUUCAUUGCUUGCGGAGGCAUUGAAGGCUGUCAAACCAGCUGCAAGCGGUUUGGUUAUUUCGUUGGAUGACUUGAGGUUGUUGAGCGAUAAUGUAUUGGAUGAACUGUUGAACGCUGCAUAUUCAGUUAAUACAAUACCAAAAAAUGAACCUGGGCACUUCAGCAAGCUCAAAUCAUUAAAUGUUGAUGGUGAUGUUCGUGGCGGAAAGCGAUUGUUGGGUUUUGUUAAAUUGGAGGAUAGAGAAAAACUGCUCAUAGAAAGGGAAAGAAUGGUGUUGCUGGAAGCUAUAGAUGUCAUCAAGAAAACUGCUCCACUGAUGGAGGAAGUUUCACUGCUCAUUGAUGUCGUCUCUCAAAUUGCUGAACCAUUUUUAUUGGCUAUAGUGGGUGAAUUUAACUCUGGUAAAUCUACUGUCAUUAAUGCACUGCUUGGGAAAAGAUACCUUCAGGAUGGGGUUGUUCCUACAACGAAUGAGAUCACCUUCUUAUGCUAUUCUGAGGUGGCUUCUGAAGGGCAGCAACGCUGUGAGAGGCAUCCUGAUGGCCAAUAUAUAUGCUACCUCCCUGCUCCAAUUCUUAAAGAAAUGAAAAUUGUUGAUACACCUGGCACUAAUGUUAUUCUCCAACGGCAACAACGCCUUACUGAGGAAUUUAUACCUCGGGCAGAUUUGCUUCUUUUUGUUAUUUCUGCUGAUCGCCCAUUAACUGAAAGUGAGGUUGCUUUUCUUCGUUAUAUUCAGCAAUGGAAGAAGAAAGUUGUGUUCGUGUUGAAUAAAUCUGACCUCUAUCAGAAUGCCCGUGAGCUUAAGGAAGCAAUGUCAUUUAUUAAGGACAAUACAAAGAAGCUGCUCAACACUGAGAAUGUGAUAUUAUAUCCUGUCUCUGCAAGGUCUGCACUUGAAGCAAAACUUUCUAAAGGUCAUGGUGAGAUAUCUGUUUCUGAUUCCUUGUGGAGAACCAGUAGAUUCCAUGAAUUAGAGAAAUUCUUGUAUAGUUUUUUAGAUGGAUCAACAACAAUGGGAAUGGAAAGAAUGAAGCUUAAACUUGCAACACCUAUUGGAAUCGCGGGACGUCUGUUUUCUGCUUGUGAGACUCUUGUGAGACAAGAUUGCCAAUAUGCCAUGGAGGAUCUUACUUCGGCGAAUGAAAUAGUUGGCAGCGUAAAACAAUAUGUGAUGAAGAUGGAAAAUGAGAGUAUCUCUUGGAGAAGACAAGCUUUAUCACUGAUUUAUUCAACCAAAUCGCGUGUUGUGGAGCUCAUUGAAUCUACUCUGCAAUUAUCGAAUCUUGAUCUUGUCACCUCAUAUAUAUUUAAAGGCGAUAAAUCUGCCAUGCUGCCUGCCACUUCAAGGAUUAAAAAUGACAUAAUUGGUCCAGCACUCUCAGAUGGACGAAAACUAGUUGGAGAAUAUGUCUUAUGGUUGCAAACAAAUAAUGCUCGUGAAGGGAGGCUGUACAAGGAAUCUUUUGAAAACCGAUGGCCGUCGUUUGUCCAUCCAAGCACAGCCAUGCAUUUGGAGACCUAUGAGUUACUGAAAAAGGUUGAUGAACUCAGCUUGAGAGUUAUAGACAAACUGAGUGCCCUUGCUGCUUCCAAGUUGUUUGAUCAAAACAUUCGAGAUGUGUUCUCGGGGACUUUUGGUGGACUAGGAGCUGCUGGUUUAUCUGCUUCGCUUCUGACUUCUGUGCUCCCAACUACAUUGGAAGAUCUUCUUGCUCUUGGCCUUUGUUCUGCUGGAGGGUAUAUAGCUAUUUCAAGUUUCCCAGUUCGUAGACAAGUGAUGAUAGACAGGGUGAAUAAACUUGCUGACGCUUUGGCAUGUGAACUUGAAGAAGCCAUGCAGAAAGAUCUCUUGGAAGCUUCCGGCAAUUUGGAGAAAUUUGUAAGUGCUGUUGGCAAACCUUAUCAAGAAGAGGCACAGGAUAGAUUAAACAAACUCUUAGCAAUGCAAGAUGAGCUAUCCAAUGCUGAGAAAAAACUUAGAACCCUUGAAGUCGAAAUACAAAAUCUUCAUAUUUGAUGAACUGGGUGGUAGAUUCUUUAGUCAAUGGAAGAGGGAUAUCUAUUUGUUGUAGCGGCAUCAUGAAGUUGUGGUUUGAACAUAUAUAUCUACACUGGCAUGAUUAAUGGAUUUUGUGGCAAAUUGAAAUUGAAAUUCUUGUAUUUGAUAGACUAAUGGAAAACAGUUUCAGGAACAUAGAACAUUUGAUCCCAUCUAUUUCAACGAAGUUUUGGAAUGUUAUUUCCAGUUGAAGAUAUUAUGGCAUAAAA